UGGGAAAGGCGAGCCCCGAGCCUGCGGCUUCCUGCUGAAAGGGGCAGCAGGGAAAAAGGCGGGAAAAUAAUUAUCGCAAGCCAAUUAGCGCAAUAAUUUGUGCUAAUAAUUCCCACACCACACAGACAGGAAGGGAGGAAUUAUUAUUAAUACUUUUGAAAUACGGAUGAAAUGAAGUGACGCAGUAAUUUGUUCCCUCCAAAACAUCUGUUGCUCCUUUUACUGCAGCAGCCAUCACCCCGCUGAUAACCACCGCCCCGCAACUGAUCAUCUUUGCGCUGGGUUUACAAACAGUUUGGCUCCUGACCAAAACACACAGCCAUAGGUGUGCCCCUGUGUGUGUGUGCAUCUUGCUGCGUGCAUAACCCUGCCCAGCCCCACCUUUGAACUCAAGUAAAGGAGGUGGUGAUGUUUGACUGAAAUAAAAUCAGUUAUGUUUUAAAUAAUAAAUAAAUAAAUAAAAUUAAUUUCAGUGUUUCCUUUUCCCUCCAGGACACGCACGGUGUUCAUCGCAGGCGGCAGGGCCUGCUCACCCGCCGCUGCCUCCGUUCCUUUGCCCGCUCCCCUCAGGCAGCCUGGCGGGCGGCCUGGCCCCGGGGUACGUGUGGGGAAGGCAUUUCCGUGAGGUAAAACGGAGCUCAUAAAGUCCUGUCUGUGGAAUGAAUUGAUGAGACUAACAGAACAAUGACAUCCACUGCAAGGACCAGCUACACCCUGAUUCCUAACCAGAAAUACAGACGCAGUAACCGUCACUCCAGACAGCACUGCGAAGUCAUGGAUACGGAUCCCCAAUCUCUGUCAACACUUGGAUAUUUUAAAACAUUGCCAUUAGAGAUAUUUCAAAUGCUAUUGAAUUAUCUCUCAGUGAAGGAUAUCAGCAUGCUGUGCAUGGUGUCAAAAACCAUCAGCAACCGCCUUAUUACUUACAUCUCAACCCCAUCAGGAAACCGAAGGCUGUUAUUGCAAGACUUUCAUAACAUUGAGCUACCUGGCAAGAGAGACGGAUCCUAUAUAUUAGAGCACUACAGAUCUCUAGGAUUGUUGCUUAAAAGAUGCACACUUCUAUUACCUACAAAAGAUAGGCUAAAGUAUAUACACAAGAUACUCUCAGAAGUUUCCUGCUUUAAACUUAAUGGCUGUCCAAGUCCUUUGCAUUGUUUAGGAUUACAGUGCUACGGGGUAUUUUUACAGAUCCUAACAGCAGGCUGGGAUGAACUGGAGUGUCACCGGGUUUUUAACUUCCUCUGUGAACUGAGCAAUUUACCCCGUAAAGUACAGACAGUUGUCAGCAGCAAACCAGGAAGUGCCCGGAAGCUGGAGCUGCGGAUAAGGUUAUUCUGUCGUAGUGUUUUGUUGAACCACUGGAUUCAUCGAAGUGAUUCUGCAUUUUGGUUGACUCGUAUUUUAAAGCCGUGGCCAAUGGUUAAUCAAGCUCGCCUGUUGUAUAUCAUCUUUGGGCCAGUGUCCUCCCUUGACGGACAUGUGGUUUGGCAGAAAAUGAUAGAAGGACCAACAGAUGAGACCAGUCUGAAAGGUCUAGCAGAUGCAAUUAAACUGCUGUAUGAUACGGAAGCUAGAGAAUGGACAGCAGACGAUGUUAUCAGUCUUGUGGAUGAGCUGUCAGUUGUUCCCCGGGAGUGGCUCAUGGAGAACAAUGCUCGGCUUCUUAUUCUGAGUGGGAACAACAUCUGCUUCACUUUCAUGGCCAGCAAAGCUGUGAAUGGAAGAGCUUUUGAGUUAGCCAGACUUGUGGUCUUCCUGGCUUUGGUCUGUGAGAAGGAUCUGUACUGCAUGGACUGGGCAGUAAAAAUGAUGCAGAAGGUCUGCAAAGUUUUCAGCACUCCAGGGGAGAGAAACAACUUCCUGCAGAGCGUGGAGAACGCCUUUGCUCAUAUGAUCAUGGACAUGCUACAGGCAGUACUGUCCGGGGAUCGUGAUGAAGAGGACAUCAGCUUUUUGAAUUUGUUUCACCUUGUAAAUGCACAAGCUAACUUCCAUAAGGAAAUCCUGUACCUGACCAUGAGAAGCAACAGCAACACUGUCUGAUGCUCUGAAUUGUACAGACUCUUGCUCUACUCCCGCUGGAUGUCUUUUCCCUUUAUUUAUUUUUAUUUUAUUUUUUUACAUUUGCAUAGUGGUGCCUGGUUAUUUCUCUAGUUUCUACCCCAGUAAGAGCUGGAGUGACGGCAGGAGAAGCUAGUGGCAUACAUGUCAUAACAGCUGAAUGAGCUCAUGGAACGUACUGGGGGACCUCUAUGUGUUCAAAGCAGAGUUUUGCACGUCAGGCUCCUCUGAGGCUGUGUUCAGACGCGCUGAGGAAGCGGGCUGGGGGCCUUCGGUUUGGGAACAUAAACUGCAUUCUUUUCCCACUGUGUAUGUUUGCAUAUGCAAUAAAAGUAACAUGGUUUUCAUAUUUGAUGCACAUACACAUAAUAAAGAAUGUUAUCUUAGGUCAGAACCAAAAACAUUUUGAUCUUUUAAUUUUGUUUUCUCUUGGGAAUCCAAGGAGAAAAAAAAAAGACAGCCGUAAUUAGAGAAGCACAGCUACAUUUUUUCCAGUUUGCCUGGGUCUCUCUCUCACUAACUCUUACAUUCUGUGACAGAAGUGCUCUAUAGAUUGUAUGUUCAAUUUUGGCAGAAAGAGUUGAUUCGUGAAAGCAAUUUAACUGUUUUGAUUAAGUAGUUUGAUUUUUCUUUUCCUUCAAACUCCAGGUGCCUUUUAACCAAUAAAGCAGAAGAAACUUCAAAUCCCUCUCCCCACCUGCUGUAGUAACUGAACUGUUGAAGUGUAUUUGCCUUUCAUAGGACUUUGCUAAGUUGAAGACAAGUUAAAUAAAUACACAUAGGCUAAGGUCACCAUUUCAGUAACGUAUAUAAAUGUUUGCUACUUACAAAAACCUUUGAUUUUCUGCUACAUUGCCUUCAAAACAAAAAUACGUAAUACGUAAUAAAAAC